AACAGGCCAGAGCGCCCAAACGCAGUUUCAUGUUCAAACAAGAGAAAGAAGAGGUGAGAAAGCCCAGAUAAUACUAAGCCCAAUACCUGGAGUGAGAGGUGGAGGAAUGCGCGUGAAGGAAAGUGGCAGGGAGAAAGAUGCCAUAUUGCAAUGGUGCCGUUACGCAACUAAGUAACCAACGCCAAAAACAAAACAACAUUUCUACCUGUGUGUCUUGUUCCAUUUACUACUUUCUACAGUCUCAUCCUUGGUGACUGUUCUCUCUCUGAACCCUAAUUUCCUCACGGAUGGAGCAAUUCUGGUCUGGGAGUGCCAUCAAUGAAAACAAAGGAAUGGUAGAUAAUUUGCAGCGUUAUGGAGUAAUCACAUCCAAAAAGGUUGCUGAAGUAAUGGAAACCAUUGAUAGAGCUUUGUUUGUACCUGGUGGACUCCAACCUUAUGUGGACAGUCCUAUGCCAAUAGGCUACAAUGCCACUAUCUCUGCGCCGCAUAUGCAUGCCUCCUGCCUUCAGUUGCUGGAGAAAAAUUUGCAACCUGGGAUGCGUGCUCUGGACGUUGGCUCUGGAACUGGAUACUUGACUGCAUGCUUUGCUUUGAUGGUCGGACCCGAAGGCCGUGCUAUUGGUGUAGAACAUAUUCCUGAGUUGGUCUCUUUUUCAACUGAGAAUAUUAAAAAAAGUGCUGCAGCUCAACCAUUGAAAGAUGGUUCCCUUUCUGUGCAUAUUGGUGAUGGAAGGCAAGGUUGGCCUGAGUUUGCUCCUUAUGAUGCCAUUCACGUUGGAGCAGCAGCACCAGAAAUCCCCCAACCACUUAUUGACCAGUUGAAGCCGGGUGGUAGAAUGGUUAUUCCUGUUGGAAACAUAUUUCAAGAUUUAAAGGUCGUGGAUAAGAACUCUGACGGUUCUAUCAGUAUCCGAACUGAGACUUCUGUUCGAUAUGUGCCUCUCACUAGCAGAGAAGCUCAACUGCGAGGUCAGUGAAGUGGACGUUGGGAACACUCUGGUUUUGUCUGUACCACGUGCUGUAAGAAUUUGUAUAGUUAAAGUUGUUGAUUUAUUCUUACCCAAAAAAAAAAAACAUGAUUCAUGUUGAUCAUGCAGUAUAAUGGUAAUAAAUAUACCAUAACUAUUAUCGUCGGUUUCUGAAA